UAUCUCUCUGCCCUCACAAGUCAACUCUCCCUUCUCUGUCUCACCAAUUGUUUUUAUUUUCUCCUCCCUCUACAUGUUUAUUUAUGUUCAAUGAAUCACAACUACAUGAAGGUAAAACAAAUAGAGAGACCAGUUUUCAUAUUUUGUCUCUCUUCCUCUCACUCAUUUAUUGAUUCUUCUUCUUCUCGUUCAUUUAUGUACGUUUCAUUCAUCAUACUUGCAAAAAUACAAUCUUUAGAAGACUCCAAUAGGAUGUUUUAAACGUUUAAUUCACUCCACUCCGAUCAAACACGUUAAUUCACACUUCUAUUUUUGUUUUAUUUUCCUUUUGACACAAAUUUGGGGAGCACAUAAAAGUCUUUUCCUUGAAUUAACACCAUGCACACUGGAAAUAACUGGGGAGGCUCAUUUGAGAUAAACCAUGGAGAAGUGACAACCUCCGGCGAGUACGAUAGGAGCCGAACCUCGGAAUGGGACAGUGCUGCCUUGUAUCAUCAUCAAAAUCUAGAUGAAACACAACAAAGUUGGUUGCUGGGGCCGCAAGAGAAAAAGAAGAAGAAGUAUGUGGACUUUGGGUGCAUUGUUAUUAGCCAUAAGGCUCUCAAAUGGAUCUUGGGGUCCAUUCUGCUGGCUUUCUGCGUCAUUGGACUUCCCAUCAUCAUUGCCAAGUCCUUGCCCAACCACAAGUCUCCUCCUAUCACUCCUGACAAUUACUCUGUUGCCCUCCACAAAGCACUCCUCUUCUUCAACGCCCAGAAAUCUGGGAAAUUACCCAAAAAUAAUGGCAUUCCCUGGAGAGGAGAUUCAGGUCUAAAUGAUGGAAAUGAUACUGAUGUGAAGGGAGGACUGGUUGGAGGAUACUAUGAUGCCGGAGACAAUAUAAAGUUUCACUUUCCCAUGUCUUAUUCCAUGACUAUGCUAAGCUGGAGUGUGAUUGAAUAUCGUGACAAAUAUAAGAACAUUAACGAGUACAACCAUGCUAGGGAUCUCAUUAAGUGGGGCACUGACUACUUGCUCCUAACCUUCAAUUCCUCUGCUACCAAAAUUAAUAAGAUCUAUUGCCAGGUUGGUGGACAUCGAAAUGGCUCUCAAACACCAGAUGAUCACAUCUGCUGGCAGAAACCAGAAGACAUGGACUAUCUGCGGCCUACACUAACUUGCCAAUCAGGACCCGACCUUGCUGGGGAAAUGGCAGCAGCCUUAGCUGCAGCCUCUAUAGUUUUCAAGGAUGAUAACGUGUACUCCACGAAACUCAUCAAAGGUGCACAAACACUCUUUGCCUUUGCCAGGGACAGUGGAAAACGGAUGGCAUAUAGUCGUUCUUACCCUGCUGAUAUUGCUCCUUACUAUAACUCCACCGGCUAUUAUGAUGAGUACAUGUGGGGUGCAGCAUGGUUGUUCUAUGCCACAGGAAAUAAUAGCUAUCUUUCACUGGCAACCAACCCUGGGAUCCCUAAGAAUGCAAAAGCGUUUUACAUGAUUCCAGACUUUAGUGUGCCAAGUUGGAAUAACAAGUUACCAUCAGCCAUGCUAUUGUUAACAAGGCUCAGGCUGUUCUUGAACCCUGGCUACCCUUAUGAGGACAUGUUGCAGAUGUAUCAUAAUGUGACAGGUCUUAACAUGUGCUCUUAUCUUCACAACUUCCACGUCUUCAACUGGACUAAUGGGGGUUUGAUCAUGCUGAGCCGUGGAGGGCCACAAAAUCUGCAGUAUGUGGCUAAUGCUGCUUUCCUGGCAUCUCUGUUUGUUGAUUAUUUGAAUGCCUCCGGCGUUCCAGGAUGGUAUUGUGGCAACAAUUAUAUUCCAUCAGAUGUUCUUCGAAGUUUUGCCACCUCCCAGAUGGACUAUAUCUUGGGCAAGAACCCCAUGAAAAUGAGCUAUGUUGUGGGGUAUGGCAACAAGUUUCCUAGACAUGUACAUCACCGAGGUGCAUCAACACCCAAUGACCAUAAAUAUUACUCCUGCAACGGGGGGUGGAAGUGGUUCAACACCAACAAUGCCAAUCCCAACAACAUCGCAGGAGCCAUGGUUGGAGGGCCUGAUCAGUUUGACAAGUUCAGUGAUUUGCGUGACCAUUAUAAUAACACCGAGCCAACUAUGGCCGGAAAUGCUGGACUGGUUGCAGCACUUGUAUCCCUGACAACCACUGCUGGCAAUGGCAUUGACAAAAAUACCAUAUUUACAGCGGUUCCUCCACUCUAUCCACAGACCCCACCACCCCCACCACCCUGGAAGCCAUAAUAGGCAGAUGCAAAAAUCCCAAUGUUCACAUUGUUAUUUUAUAUGUUAUCUGAAGUUUUGUUGUUCUUUGUACAAAAGUAACCUGUUAUGUUCAUUCACAAGAGAUUUAUAUAUAUACACCUACUCUUUUUCAUAGACAAUUUAAUGUUGUUCCAAGCAAUCUUGACACUUUGUAUCCAAAUUUCCGUGAUGAAUG